AUGGCAAUUAAUAAAGACAAAACCAAAGCCAUGGUUGUGGCUAGAGAUAAUAAGCAAAUAGACAUACGUUUAGGGAACUUGAGAAUCCAGCAGGUAACAGAAUUUAAAUACUUGGGUACCAUAACUGAUUCAAACGGAAAACUGGAUAGAGAAAUUAAUGCGAGUAUAUCGGCAGCAGCGGGAGUCUACAUGAGUCUUAAGAAUGGUUUCAUUAACAAGAGAGAAGUCAGUCGAAAAACAAAACUAGCUGUUUAUAAGUCCAUAUACUUGCCUACUCUCCUCUACGGCAGUGAAACCUGGAAAUUAAGUGAAAAGCAAAAAAGUAAGAUACAGGCUGCAGAAAUGAAAUUCCUAAGAAGAAUCGCAGGAAAAACUCUACUAGACAAGAUUAGGAAUGAAACAAUAAGACAGGAGCUAAAUGUUAAUAGUGCUAUUAGAAUUAUUGAACAGUCCCAACUACGCUGGUUUGGGCAUCUGAACAGGAUGGGUGAAAAUAGGCAGGUAAAGAAAGUCUGGGAAGCAAGAGGAACAGGAAAGAGGCGUGUAGGGAGACCCAGAGCAGAUUGGAACGGUACCAUAAGUAGGAUUCUGGUAAGAAAUAACACAUCCUGGCAACAAGCAUCAGUACGGUGCAGGGACAGAACAGAGUGGAAAAGUUUUAUCAGGGAUAUAAAAUAA